AAAUCUUUCAUUCAAUCAAUUCUGAAGCAUUAUUAGUCACCUAGUCUUGAACUAAUUGAACUCCUCCUGUACAUAUGCCCAAGUAGCUAGUACUGAAUUCAAAGUUACCCCCCAUCCCCAUGGAGGAAGAAAUAUUAUUCCGAGCACCACCUUCAAUCCCAGCUGCAGCUGAUGAUCACCAUCAUCAUCAAUGCAUUAAUAUUCCAUACUUGUUUCAGUCGCCAUUGAUGCAUCCUUCUUCAUCCUCUUCUUCUUCGUCUUCCCUUCUGCAGCACCAACCCCAGCAAGACCAGUCUGGUGAUGAUCAAAUCAUUAAUGCAGGAGGAGAGGUGGUUGACUGGGUUAGCCUCCUGUCUGCAACUAAUAUUAAUUACUCCAAUAUUAACACCUCGCAUGGAGACCAAAGGCCACCAGCAGACUCACCGACUGUGUCGCCAAUAGCAGCACCGGGGGAUAGUAAUAAUAAUAAUAAUAAUAAUAAAGGGGAAUUAGGAGAUGAUCAUCGUCAGGUUAUGAAUGGAGGAGGAGGUAUUACUACUGCAGCAACAGCUGGUAAUAAGGAUAGAAGUUUGAGAAGUGGCAGGGCGAAGAAAGGCAUUCCACCCAGGAUUGCCUUUCACACGAGGAGUGAUGAUGAUGUUCUUGACGAUGGCUACAAAUGGAGGAAGUAUGGCCAGAAAUCUGUGAAGAACAGUGAUCAUCCCAGGAGCUACUAUCGAUGCACGCAUCACACAUGCAAUGUGAAGAAACAAAUCCAGAGGCUCUCGAAGGAAACGAGCAUCGUGGUGACGACGUAUGAAGGCAUUCACAACCAUCCCUGUGAGCAGCUCAUGGAGAGCUUAAGCCCCCUUCUCAAGCAAAUACAGUUCCUCUCCAGAUUCUGAUGACCCAUUCUGCAUACACUACUCACUACUCAUAUGCCCAGGAUCAUGAUAUCCCAAGUGUGCAUAUACAUAUUGCAUUAGUGUCAAUACUUGUUUAUUUGUUUACCUCCUAAUAUUGACUCUUGUAUUGUAUUUAUAAGAUGCAAAGAAAAUAAACACAAGUUUAGAUUC